UAAAGAGAUAGAGUGUGCAUGUUUGGACUUUUCUGGAUUGUCUAUUCAUAUUUUUAUCCAUCCAUCCAUCUAUACUUCUGAAAUGGUCUUUAAAAUAUUUUUUAUUUGCUACCAAAGAAAUAUUUUACAGGUAUUAGCUUUGGGGAAAUAAAAAGUGGAAGUAGAGAUGAUGAAGCUUUUGCAUCUGUUCAUAACUUCAUCGAAACCAGUUGUGGAGAUUCUGAUGAUAACAUCAGUUGGAUUUUAUAUGGCUCUGGAUGGUGUCAAUCUUCUUGGUCCAGAUUCUCGCAAAUAUUUGAACGACAUUGUCUUUUAUGUGUUUAAUCCUUCGCUUGUUGGGAGCCGUUUAGCUGAUAGUGUUACAUAUGAAAGCUUGGUGAAAAUGAUUCUUGUUGGGCCAGAGCUUAAAAUUGAGGCCCAAUUACUACAAACUCCACCUGGCCUAAUUUUGACUCUCUUGUCUUCCUCGUGAUCGACAAAGAACAAAACCAGAGCAGCCCCCCUUUUUUUUUUUUUUUUUUUUUUCAUCGCUUUCUAGAGAAAACGAUCUGAUCCAGUGAAUCACUGCUCUUUGCUUCGUCGAGUUUCUUUGCCGGUAAAUCAUUGCUCCUCGUCCUCUCUCCGACAUAUCCACAUGCCGACUCAAAGCUUUCAUGUCUUUCCUCUGCAACUCGAAUUGGAUCCAGUAACACUUUCGCUGAGUUACUUCGACGAUGCAUAGCCAUGAGUAUCCUAUGCUCAUUUUCCUUGCCUUUGAUGCGUCGCAAAAAAUAAGCCAGAAUGGCUAUUCUUUCUUAUCUCCUUUUCACCGUCGACAACUCAUGUAACUCGUACGCCGCUACUCUGUCUCCAACCUUUCUCGCCUUGAUUCCAGAGAUCAAUUCAACUACCCAAAUCUCCAGCUCGUUUUUCUGCAAUCUCCGACCUUACCUCCAAAGCUUCUUCACUGUUGUCGAUCCAUGGCUCAACCUUGUCGGAUUACUGCAGCACUCUGUGAGAUGUGAUUCUUCAACCGGCAUAUUUCUUUCAUGUGUUUCCCGUUAUACGUUUCUCCUGCUUGCUCAAACUUCGUCCUUCAGCUUCUCGCCUAGGUACUCGUCUCCCUUCAGCCUUUCUUACUGUUUAAGACGUUCUCUCAGGUGACCCUUUAGAGACUCCGCCGUUACUCCGACGAACGCAUGAACCCGUUUCCCUUCAACUUCCUUGUAAAGUUAUCCACUUCUCUUUACAUGUUUUAAGUUGACGCUUGUGAUGUUAAACUCAUCCAGUGAUCUUGUUGUGCUUUCUUUUUUAAUUGAGAUACUCGUCUCCCUUCAGCUCUCCUCGGUUUGCUCUCCACCGCAGUAGCUGUUUAAGACGUUCUCUCAUGUUCCUCAUCCGUUGCUUCAGAGCCUUUGAGUGAUUUUUCCUUGUGUUUUAGCUGCUCCACCUUGAGCUGAAACCUCUGCCUCGCAUCUAUGCUCACAGGUAACUUUCUUUAAACUCCACCUCCUUGAGUUUUCCCAUUAUCAAUAUAAACCUGAAACUGACUCGUUUCUCCUCCUCUGUCUCUGCGAGCUUUGAGACAGCGUUGAUAACGGAGUUACCUGGAGCGACUAUAUUUCUUAGUCUGAAUUGCAGCGAUCCUGAACCUCAUGUCCAGGAUUCUUGUUGGGCCAGAGCUUAAAAUUGAGGCCCAAUUACUACAAUAAUGAUAUUUGUGGUCAGGUGGUUCAUGCCGGUUAGUCUUCUGCUCACAUUCAUCAUUGGUUCGUUCUUAGGCUGGAUUGUUAUCCUCAUCACUAAGCCUCCUCCGCAUCUCCGUGGUCUCAUCGUUGGUUGCUGUGCUGCUGGUAACUUGGGAAACAUGCCAUUAAUCAUAAUCCCAGCUGUUUGUAAAGACAUAGAAGGUCCAUUUGGAGAUCCUGAGAACUGCCACAAGUAUGGAAUGGGUUAUGUUGCAUUCUCCAUGGCCAUUGGAUCAGUUUACAUAUGGACUUACGUAUACAAUCUUAUGCGUGUGCUAUCAAACUCUCCCACUGAAGCACAACCUUCUAUUGAAUCCAGCUAUAAAGUCCCUCUGAUAUCUUCCAAAGAAGAAGAAGAAGAAGAUAACCAUAAGGUCGGGAGGUGGGACAGAUUCAAGAGAAGAAUGGUUUCACUGUCGGAGAAAGUAAACUUAAGUACAAUAUUUGCUCCAACAACUAUUGCUGCGAUAAUCGCGCUUGUGAUCGGUCUUAUUGAUCCUUUAAGGGAGCUAAUAAUUGGCAGCGUAGCUCCUCUUGGAGUGCUUCAAGACUCAGUAACUCUAGUGGGAGAUGGAGCCAUCCCUGCUACGACCCUGAUCAUUGGAGGAAACCUACUCAAAGGUAUGAGGAGCUCAGGAAUGAAAAAAUCAAGCAUUGCCGGUGUCUUGGUUGCACGUUACAUUCUCCUGCCUAUAAGCGGUGUUUUAAUCGUAAGAGGAGCAUACAAGUUGGAUCUGAUUACCUCAGAGCCGUUGUACCAAUUCGUUCUGCUUAUUCAGUAUGCUGUACCACCAGCAAUGAGUCUAGCUUACUUGGCAGGUACGAUAACUCAGUUAUUUGGAACUGGGGAAAGUGAAUGCUCAGUAAUAAUGCUAUGGGCUUACGGUUUUGCUUCUGUUUCACUCACUGCUUGGCCCACAUUUUUCAUGUGGCUUGUGGCUUAAACCCCCCACACUUGAUCUUGAUAAAUGUAUUAUUUUGUUCCAUUUAUUUAAGAUUUGAACUUCUAGACUAUUUGAUCAUGUGUAUUACUUAAGACCAUCAAUACCUGUAGUUUUAUUA